AACUCUUCUCUCUUCAUGAUUUGGUAUAUGUCACAAGGAAAACAUGCAGAAGCAAGAGAGCUAAUGUAUUCAGGGGCUUUACUGUUCUUCAGUCAUAAUCAGCAAAACAGUGCUGCUGACCUGUCCAUGCUGGUUUUGGAGUCUCUGGAGAAGUCGGAUGCAAAAGUAGCAGAAGAUCUUUUAGAAAACUUGGCUAAAUUGUUUAGUUUAAUGGAUCCAAAUUCCCCUGAAAGAGUGGCUUUCGUAUCCAGAGCACUAAAAUGGUCCAGUGGGGGAUCAGGAAAACUUGGACAUCCAAAACUACACCAGUUACUAGCUAUUACCUUGUGGAAAGAGCAAAACUAUAGUGAAUCUCGGUAUCACUUCUUGCACUCGACAGAUGGUGAGGGCUGUGCAAAUAUGCUGGUGGAAUACUCCUCGUCCCGCGGAUACCGCAGUGAGGUGGACAUGUUUGUAGCUCAGGCAGUACUACAAUUUCUCUGCUUAAAAAAUAAGACCAGCGCAUCAGUUGUUUUUACAACAUACACACAGAAACAUCCUUCGAUAGAGAAGGGUCCACCCUUUGUGCAACCACUGCUAAACUUCAUCUGGUUUCUGUUGUUGGCAGUUGAUGGAGGAAAACUAACAGUAUUUACAGUAUUGUGUGAACAGUAUCAACCUUCGCUGAAAAGAGACCCCAUGUAUAAUGAGUACCUAGAUAGAAUAGGACAGCUUUUCUUCGGAGUUCCGCCCAAGCAGACCUCGUCCUAUGGGGGAUUGCUAGGAAAUCUUUUAAACAGUCUGAUGGGAACUGGGGAAGAUGAUGACACAGAAGAGGGUCAGGAAGACAGCAGUCCUAUCGAGCUCGACUGAAUGUUGUUGUCAUUGGGUGCCGUGUAAAUCUGAUGAUUCGAUGACUCCAAAGACACUUUUGGAAUUUGAAUCCUGCAGUUGUUUCUUGGCUCCUAAAAGGGCUCCUCUGGUCUUUUAGAAAUGGUUGCUGAAAUGUUUAUACUGUCGGUCUAUAUUAUUUAUGUAAAAAAAAAAAAGAAAGAAACCAACAAAAAGUAGCCAAACGAACCAAUCGGAGCGGUUGUUAGUGGGUUUCCAAUCCAGCGGCUGGGGACUGAUUAAACAUGGUCUGCGGUUUCUGAUGCAGUAUUCCCUUUUGCACAGUCUUUCAAUAAAGCAUAAACAUGGGGCUUGUCCUUCACGGCCUACCCAAUACCGUCUCUGUUCUGAGAAAGCCUCCUUGCCCUCUGCCCUCUUCCAAGGAAGAUCUCAAAAGGCAGGGGGAGCAAUUGAAUAACUGAUUUGCGAGGCUGGUGCCAAAAGUACUGCGAGACGAACCGAGCAGCAUAAUUUGAGAUGCACAUCCAAGAGACAUUGAUACAAGAACAUUUUCUGCUUCCACUGCCAUGAGUAACAUGCACACCCUUCAUUCAUACUGCCUGCCCCUCUCCCCAAGGCCAGGCUCUGGCUGAGCCCACACGUGUUUAGCCGAUACUUCCCGAAAAGCACAAGGUUGAAUAGCUCUUGAGUAAAAGCCCAUUAAUGGAAUGCAGGUGAUUGGCUUCCAGCUGGAUCUCUCUUGCCUAGGUAUAAAAAUUUGGCAUCUAAAAUACCUCCUGUGGCUUGUGGCUGUACUUUGGAAGAGGUUUUGCCAGAGUAAGUUCCCAGCUGUACGUGCAGGCGGCGGCGUUGCUGUGAGCGGAGCGGUUUGCCAUGGGCAGAGGAUGUGUUUGAACUGGGCUGGAGGGCAAGAAAAGGGAUACUGCAGAGCUUCUGGUUCUUUAUGAUAUAUUUAUUUUUCUUGGGUGAUUGAUUCAUUUAACACUUUCUGUUAAAAAAAAGAAUAAAUCAAUAAAUAAUGGAGUAACUUCACCCCCAGCAGUAGGCAUAGCCAUUCUCCAUCUCCUCUGUAAUGCAGCACAGUCUGGUACAGGGAACAGGUGAAAGGGUGGGGAAACGCUUUAUUUUUUCAUGAUGAAAAUAAAAAGGCUUAGAUUAAUAAACAGCAAUCAUGCAUGGGGGAGGGAUUAAUACAAAUUUAUUGACUGUAUGAAAAAAAAAAAAAAGGCAUUGACAGGAAGACUUUGUGUUAAUUGUGAAGUCUCAAAUAAACACUUUAUACCAGGA